UUAAAUGCAGACAAUUCAACGAACGAAAGAAAGGUCUCAUCAAAUUUCUUACAUUCAAAGAGGAUGAGACGGAUCUUGUCCUAAACCAACACUCAUGAGACUCAGAUUCUUACAGCCUCCAAACAUCCAUCUCUGUAAGUUGUUGUACUAAUCUAAACUCUUUAAUUAAUCAACUUUAUAGAUUUGUUUAUGUACAUAUGUGUUUUAUUGUCUUAAGAACACAUUGAAAUGCAAGAACUUGAAACCCUAACACAAAUUCAAGAUCCACCAAUAGGCUUCAAUCUGUUGCCAAAUCUGAAACCCCCCAACAAAACUUUAACUUUUCAUCAAAUCUCUGUGCUUUUUCUCACUUUCUUGGCUUAUGCUUCGUUUCAUGCCUCAAGAAAGCCUCCUAGUAUUGUGAAAUCAGUGUUGUCCCCUCAAGAUGGUGAUGAUUCUCAUUCUGGGUGGGCCCCAUUUGAUGAUUCUCAUGGGCCACAUAGGUUAGGGGAGCUUGAUCUUGCGUUCUUGUCAGCCUACUCUGUUGGGAUGUACUUUUCGGGGCAUAUUGGUGAUCAGAUUAAUCUUCGGGUUUUUUUGAGUGUUGGGAUGGUGGGGAGUGGUGUUUUUACUGUGGUUUUCGGGUUGGGGUAUUGGUGGGAUGUUCAUGUGUUGGGGUUUUUUGUGGCGGUGCAGAUUGUGUGUGGGUUGUUUCAGUCGAUUGGUUGGCCUUGUGUUGUGGCGAUAAUGGGGAAUUGGUUUGGGAAAUCGAAGAGAGGGUUGAUUAUGGGUGCAUGGAAUUCGCAUACGUCGGUUGGGAAUAUUGUUGGUUCGGUUGUGGCUUCGUCGGUUUUAGGGUUUGGAUGGGGUUGGUCUUUUGUGUUACCUGGAAUUUUGAUACUUUUGGUGGCGGUUCUGAUUUAUUUGUUUCUUGUUGUGUGUCCGGAGGAUAUUGGGUUAGAGUUGACGGAUAAGGAGGUUGAGAUGAGUGUGGAAGGAGAGGCAUUGGUGAAUUCGGAGAAAAAGGAAACCGAGGGUGUGGAAUUGCACGAGGGAGAGAAUGUAGAGUCCAAGGCUGCUAUUGGGUUCUUGGAAGCGUGGAGGUUACCCGGUGUGGUGCAAUUUGCAUUUUGCCUUUUCUUCUCGAAACUGGUUGCUUACACAUUCUUGUAUUGGUUACCAUUCUACAUAAGGCACACAGCUGUUGCUGGUGUGCAUUUGUCGCACAGAAGUGCUGGGAUCCUUUCCACAAUCUUUGAUGUUGGAGGAGUUAUCGGAGGAGUUCUGGCGGGUUAUAUAUCUGAUUUGAUUGAAGCUCGUGCAGUUACAUCAGUCAUGUUUCUGAUAUUAUCGGUUCCUGCCCUCGUGUGCUACCGCAUUUAUGGGAGCAUAUCUAUGUUUGCAAAUGUUUUCCUAAUGUUCCUAUCAGGAUUGCUUGUAAACGGACCAUACUCAUUGAUAACAACUGCAGUUGCAGCUGAUCUUGGUACGCAGAGUACAAUUACAGGAAACUCUCGUGCUUUGGCUACUGUAACUGCAAUUAUAGACGGUACUGGAUCUGUUGGAGCUGCUCUUGGUCCACUUCUUGCUGGAUAUAUUUCAACUAGAGGGUGGAACAGCAUAUUCUUUAUGCUUGUUCUAUCUCUUUCUAUUGCAGGGUUAUUGUUGUUCCAAGUUGUUAAAAGCGAGAUCAAAGGGAAGCAGAAUGCGGGAAGAUGGCUUUGGCUUGGCACAUGCUAAUGUAGGCAGCGCCGCUCCUCUACUGUAUUUAAACCAGACAUAUGAUACGAGAAGCUUGCCUAGAACAUAAAUUCACUUUUUUUUUUAAUUUCUUCAAAGUUGUUUUUCUGAUGUAAAGCGAUCAUGUACAAACUUUGUACCAUACUACAGUAUAUAUACACAAAUUUUUGUGACAA